CGGCAUAUUACGACAAGAACUAGCAGAAAAAGAACAUAUCUACUCGAGACAAGACAAUAUAAGGAUGCUUAUCGGAACUUGGAAUGUUGGUCAAGGAAGAGCCUCUCAUGAGUCACUUAUGUCAUGGUUGGGCUCUGUUGUAUCAGAUGUUGGCAUUGUAGUUGUUGGCCUACAAGAAGUGGAUAUGGGUGCAGGUUUCCUUGCAAUGUCUGCAGCUAAAGAAACCGUAGGACUUGAAGGGAGUUCUAUUGGUCAUUGGUGGCUUGACACAAUUGGAAAGGCCUUAGAUGAAAACACAACAUUUGAUCGUAUGGGUUCUAGGCAGCUUGCAGGAUUACUCAUUUCUCUUUGGGUAAGGAAGAGUAUUAGAACGCAUGUGGGGGACAUUGAUGCUGCGGCAGUUCCGUGUGGCUUCGAUCAAGCUAUCGGCAAUAAGGUUUUCGACUUUCAUAACUUUGAUUGUCAUGGUUUACUACAUAGGCAAUAAUGCCUCUGCACCUGCGGGGUAUAUAGAAGAUUUAAGAGUGGGUAAUGAUGGUGCGGGGAGGUGUAGGUUUGAGGAUCAGAGUGUAUGAUAGGUU